AUACAAAGGAUUUGAGUUAUAUGGUAGUCGUGCUAACAAAAACUAGUUCCAAGUUUCAAACACGUGACUAGGUAGGGAUUGUAAAUUCACAGAGUGAAAGGUGUUAGGGAGGGAUUGCAUGUUUUGCACAGCUUCUGACCCUGUCAUUUACAUCAGGGAAUAAUCCAAAUGGACCAUUCAACUAUAAAGUUGGCCAGUCUGAAAAGCCUGAUGUUCGUGUGGGUAAAUUGCAAACAGGGAAUCCACGAAAACAAAGUGAAUAACAUGAGUGCUGCGGAAAAGAGUGCAAAAGAUGCUUUGAAGGAAUACAAGUGUACACUUGGAGGAGGAACAGAAUGGUACACAGCUGGACCGUUGCAAUACGAUAUCUUUAUCAAGACAUUCGAGGAAGCAGUUGCAUGCAAAUAAAGCAGUAAAAGUAGAGUAGUUAGUUUUAGUGAUUUGAAAUACUUACUCCCUUGUACGUGUAUGUAUGUAGUUGUAGAGAGUUU